AUGCUGUGGCCGGACGGUCGCAGGCUCAGCCCAGCACACACGAGCGCCGGCCAGGCACGCACGGGCACGGCACACCCCCACACUCGUCGUGCAGCUCUCGUCCAUCCAAACCCUUUCGCCGGCGAUGGCGCAGAUCCUCCCCGGGCGCCGCCACCGCUCCCCGACCACCUUGUCGAGGAGAUCCUCGUCCGGGUCGCCUCCCCCGCCGACCUUGUCCGCGCCUCCGCAGCGUGCGACUCCUUCCGCCGCCUCGUCGCCGCUGCCUCAUUCCUCCGCCGCUACCGCUCCCUCCACCCUCCGCUCCUCCUCGGUAUCCUCACGGCCCGAAGAUUCCUGCCCGCCGAAGCUCGCCACCCCAACGCGCUCACCGCGCACGCCCUCGUCCGCGCCGCCGACUUCUCCUUGGCCUACCUCCCUCCGUGCCAACGAACCGGCUGGAUUUACUGCGAUGCCCGCGACGGCCGGGUUCUCCUGAUACGCUAUGAGGAGCGUGCGGGCGGGCAUAUCCUCCCGGAACUCGCCGUAUGCGACCCCUUGACACGGGGGUGCACGCCGCUGCCUACCAUACCAGAAAGCCUAGUAGCCUCCGUCCUUGGUCCGGCCCGGGGCGAGCACAUCGGAAAUUUCAUCGCUUUCUUUGUCCCCGCAGCAGACUAA